CAUCAAUGGCCUUCAAGAAAAAUCAAUUGCUCCUGGCAUAUUAAUCUUACAAAGCCAAAAUCAUCAACUGAGGUUGGUAUUACAAGUAUAUGUGAAGAACAUAACCAUUCUAUGUUACAUAAUGUAGAAUUAUAUGCUUCUAAAUAUCAAAACUUAACAAAUAGUAUGAUGGAGGACAUUAAAUUCUAUGUUACUAAAGGUAACAUGAAAGCAAAACAGAUAUACUCUUUACUAGUUGCUAAAUUUUCAGACUAUGCAAUAUUGAAAAAGGAUAUUUAUAAUGCUAUAAAAAGGUUUAAACCAUCUCUUACAAGCUGA